UUCUUUAGCAGCUUAAUAAAGCCUUAAUCAAUGGAUUCUCGAGUUGAAUCGUCAAUUACAAAGCUUCUUUUAGCUACAAAACAACUUCUGGAAGUGCUAAAUAGCUGGUCUCAUGGAAAUGCAGAAGAACGUGACGUUUCAGAUGUUUAUGUUCGACUAGGAAAUGAAUUUAAUUUAGCAAUAACAGCGUUUACUAAUGCUAAAAUUGAUACAUCUGAUCUUGAUACGAUUCCUGAAGAUCUGCGUGUAAUUCUUGAGAGUACACUUGCAGAAGAAGCAUCUCCAGAUGCACUUGAACAUUAUUUACCAAGGAUCCGUUCUAUUAUAAUUAACCUUCUUCAAGGUCUUAAACAUAAACAAGCGGAAUACCGUGCACGUUCAGAACAUGCAUAUGCAACACCACAUAGAAGUCGAUCGAUGUCGACACAUUUUCGUCAUGCUUAUUCUUCAUCGCAAUCUUCAGGGAAUACGAUUCAUGAGAAUUCGUCGGAAAAAGUGACACCAUCGGGAAGAGAACAUUUAGUUUCUAUGGAACCAGUUUCUUCAACAUCUCGUAGCAGUUCGUCUUUCUCAGCAACACAUCCAAUUACAGAAAAACAUCCAUUACAUGACAUAACAUCAUCAUCCCCUUUUUCUGGAACCCAUCAGGCUCUUCCUACAUCGAUGCCUUCAUCUUCUGAUUUAUCAUCCUCACCAUAUCCUUUGUCUAGUACAAAUGAUUCUACUACCCCAAAUCUCCAAUCGCCAAGGAAUCAUCUACUUUCUUCACUUCAACGAAGCAAUACACUUGAUAAGCGUCCAAGGAAACGAUAUUCUUUGUAUUCAUUGCCUCAUUUUUCUAUGGAAUAUACAUCACCAUUACAAAACGUUUCCCAAAUAUCAUCAGAAGACAAAAAACCUAAUGCUUUUAAGGAUAUUUUAGAGAAAAACAUAGGAACUAAGAGUAUUUCUCUAAAUAAUCAACCUUUUUCAACAUCUGCAUACGAUAAUAUAUCCACCGACAAAAACACAAAUACUUAUGUCCAACAAGAAAUUAUAUCCAAUAAGUUGUCAGAAAAUCAUUUGAAAUACACACCUAAAUCUACCACUUUUACACUUUUUCUGCAAUAUGGAUCUCAAGUAAAAAAAGUCACUCAUAGCAAGGAUAUUUCAUUAAAUGGUAUUCGGGCUCUUUUUAUUGAAAAAUUCGAAUUUAAUCCUUGCAAUGAUAAUUUUCCUCCUCUUUAUAUUCAAGAUGAUCGGACCAGAAUUUUCUAUGAACUUGAAGAUGCACAAGAUAUUACAGAUCGUAGUUUAAUAUCUCUCAAAAUACAAGAUGUACCAAAUAAAGCACUAGAAGAUGGGAUUUCUUCCUUAACAAAAGAGUUGCAAUCAUUAAAAACAUCAUUUGAAGGACAAAGGGAAAUGAUUUCUGAGAUGGCAUCACGUCCAUCAACUUGUGUGUCGAAAGUUACAUUAGAAUCUAUUUCUAGACAUGAAAAUAUUUUUUUAAGAACUCAAAAAAAUCAUUCAGAUAUUGUUAAAAAUAUUCGUCAAGAAUUAGAUUCUCUUCGUACAAUCUAUACUGAUUUCACAUUAUCUAUGAAAUCUUCCAUGAUGAAUAUUGAUUCAAAGGCUAAAAAAGUUAAGAAUGUUGUUUUUGGCAAGUUAGGAGGUUCUCGACAUUUUAUUGAACUAGGAAAAAAGAAACUUGAAGUCGAAACACAAUCUCUUGUAACGAAAAUCGAAAAUCUUAGUGAUAUUGUUAGUAGUCUUCGUAUUGAUGUUAUCAAUAGAAAAGUUAGGCCAUUACCGCAGCAACUUGAUGACGUACGCAAAAAAGAAGCACAAAUCCAAAAAGAUAUGAUUUCUCUUAUAAACCAUUUACAAAGUCUUAGUCCCUGUUGGAGGCAAUUAUGGGAAAUGGAGCUACAAAAUGUUGUAGAAGAACAGGAGUUUUUGGCACAUCAAGAAAAUUUUAUUGAAGAUUUGAAAGCAGAUAUUGUUUCAACAAUGGAAAUAUUUGGGAAUAUUGUUACAUAUUCAGAGUAUCAGGAAAAAAAUGCUCAUUUAAAUUACUCUUUGUUAAAACAAGGUUCUACUGAUUCAUUAAACACACUUAACCUUGAAGCUCGAAACGCAAAACCAGAGCUUGAAAUCAGGGCAAAUACUAUUCCAAAAAUAGAGAAACAAGAAAAUAAUUUUAGAUUUUAUAUUGAUAAAUUUAAAUAUGAGCUUGAUGAAUUUUUAAGUAAAACUAAAUUCAAAAACGUAGGUUGUAUGGAUGAAGUUGAACGUAUUAGAAAGGAAAAGGAUGAAGGACAUUUAAAAGAAAUUUAUUUUUCUUCAAAACAAUCAAAAAAAAAUAUGAAUGGUAUCCAGAACGAACUAAAUGAAGAAAGUUCAUCAUAACAAAAACACUACAACCUGGUUUUUUAGAAAAAAAUAUAUCCAAAAAUACACUAAUUUUUCA